AUGGGCUCAGCAAAGAAUGGUAGUUCUGUAAUAGGUGCCGACAGGGACUUGCCCGAUCCGGAAAAAAUCAGUCAUAAUGCAAAGGCCUUUGACGGAGAAGUUGACAUUGCCAUUGAGCGACCGAGUAGAAAGCUGCAAGGACGACGAGAGAAGCUUCAAAAGCACUGGCGUCGGUUUUGGUGUUGCUAUCUAGUGGCUGCUUUCAUUUUCUUGGCUAUCGCUCUCCCAAUUUUCUUUCUUGUUAUCAUCCCAGCCAUUGCACAGAGAAUUGUCGACAAUACCAGUCUUCCUAUAUACUCAGCCGAGAUUCUCAACCCAACGGCUGAUACUGUAUCUUUCACGCUUCAUACAUCUUUGACUGUGCCCGCGGGUCUCCAAAUCCGAACGAGCGCUUUUAAUCUCAGUCUUUUCAACAGAGGUGUUGAGCCUUAUGAGCCAUAUCUGACAGUGGGGCUGCCGUCCUAUAGUCUGAAAGGCCACACGGACAUGAUUAUCACUCACAACAAUACCUUCAUACUGAAUCAAGCCCAAUUCGUGGAAACUUUGAGUCAAGCUGUUUACAAUGAGCGCUUCACCAUGUCCGCGAAGGGCAAGACGGUGGGGCAUUUGGGGGUGAUCAAGGCACCUGUCACCUUGAACAAAAACAUAGAACUGGCUGGUUUGGACAAGCUCAACGGAUUCUCCAUUGACACUGCACAACUUCUCAUUCGAGAAGAGGCUGAUGGCACCAAUCUGCUUGGCACAGCAACUCUUCCGAACAAAAGCCUUUUCACCUUCGCUUUGGGUAAUGUCACACUGAACCUUCGAAGCUCUGAAUUAUUGGUCGGACAAGCCACUAUCACCGAUGUUCUGCUCAAGCCUGGAAACAAUUCAGUUUCUAUGAGAGGAACUCUUGACAUUCCCACCAUCAUCGAUAAUAUUGCAGGAAUUAUCUCCUCUCAGCAAACCGCGUUACUCCAGGGCAAGCUUCAACUCUCGGCCUCUGGUAAUUCUACUAUCUACGACGGCGUUCAUAUCUCCUACUAUGAAGAGGUGUUGAACAAUCUGACCAUAACAACACAGGUCCCAAUCCUAGAGGUCUUGAGUGGGACACUGCAGAAUCUUGUGUCUACAGACAAUAACUCCACCCUUGCCAACAUUGUGAAGAACAUAACCAGCAUCUUGGGUGAUAUUUCCGACUCGACGGAUUUCAAGACGGUCGCUCGGUCUCUCCAAGCCCUUGUUUAA